GAGAAAUACACUGUCUAUAGAGAAGCCAUCUGGUUUACUGUGCAUUACACUGACAAAAAUGCCUUGUUGGAAAGUUUUAUUCCUCUUAUUCUUCAUUCCUCUCCUGUUGAUCUUUCUAAUUUCUCCAUCAACUGUUUCUUCUUAUUCUUUGGAUGUGAAGGUUUCUUCCUCUGUAAAAGUUAAUCUCUCAGUCUACUAUGAAACUCUAUGUCCAUCUUGUGCAAAUUUCAUUGUAAAGAACCUCAUGAGUAUAUUCAACGAUGGCCUCUUUGACAUCAUCAAUCUCAGGAUGGUGCCUUGGGGUAAUGCUCAUAUGAACAGAGUUAACAAUACCAUAGUUUGUCAGAAUGGUCUUGAUGAAUGCGAGUUAAAUACUAUACAAGCCUGUGCCAUCAAUGUCUUUCGUGAUGUGAACAAAUAUUAUGGUUUGAUAUUCUGCAUGGAGUUCCUAGCCAUUGAGGGAAGGCACCAGAAUUGGCAAACUUGUUUUGACUCAUUGGGCUUGUCUGCAAAAUCUGUUUUGAAGUGCUAUAACAAUGGCACUGGAACAAAGCUUGAAGUUGAACAUGGUUAUGAAACUGCACAUCUUGAUCCUCCUCAAUCUUUUCUGCCAUGGGUUGUUGUGAAUUAUCAACCACUUGGAAAUUGCAGGAUUACAACAAUUUUACAACUUAUGUAUGCAAUGCUUACAAAGGCAUUGUUAAACCCAGUGUCUGCAAAUUGCCUGCAGCAAAUAUCAGCUCAAUGAGGAAGGCAAGUGCAGUCCAUCCAGUCUUCCACAGAGGUGAAGCUAAGAACUUGACUUCUUUGGGAACAAUGAAGAUAAUAUCAAGGUCAAGGAAAGCUUUCCAAAAGGGAUUUUUUGGAUUCAGAGGCUGAAAUCUGAUACUCUUAUUUCACAUUACUGGCUGAAUACUACUAUUUGAAAUGAUCAAUUUUGCUUUUCCUUCCCCUGUAGUUUGACACUGCCGAAUAACUGAAGCUGAGAUAUGAUUUCAUAAAUUUUCUGUCAUCAAGAAAAUUGAAAAAAAAUGUCUUGUAUAAUUACCACAA